AUGACGUUGGUCCAGUUUUUUAUGCUUCUCUUCUUUUACACCUGUUUUCAAUUCGGCGAAAGUAACUCCAUAAGUAAAGACAGCUGGCUGCGUCCAGGCUGCCACAAAGUCGGAAAUACUCGAAAGAUUUCCAUUCCUGAUUGUGUGGAAUUUACCUUGACGACCAAUGCGUGUCGCGGAUUCUGCGAGUCUUACUCGGUGCCGUCAGUCCCCUGGACGGGUGCCUCGUUGCCUGUUUUGUUCAAGCCACCAAAGCCAGUGAUUAGUGUUGGCCAGUGCUGCAACAUGAUGAAAUCAGAGGAGGUGGGUUAG